GAAGACGCUCCGAUAACCCGUGCGUUUCGUAAGGCUCGGAGCACUUGUACAUUUCUGCAGGCGCGUAGCGAGCCAUUCGCGGCUGCUGCUGCAGCUCCGACUGCAUCUUCCUUCUUCUCCUUCCUCCAGCUCCGCGCGUGUGUAUUCUCGGAGUCGGAGAGCGCGCCUCGUUUCCAGAGCUCCUGGACCCCGCAAGCCGGCGAGCGCCGAGCCGGCCACCAUGCCCCGCAGACCGCGCCACUAGGCGCUCCCCGCGGCUCCCACCCGGCGGCGGCGGCGGUGGCCGCGAUGGUUUCCGACGCUGAAGGAUUUUGCAUCUGAUCGUUCGGCGUUUCAAAGGCAGAGGCCCCCUCCCCCUUCCCCCCUCCCUCGCUGUCUUUGUUUCCUUCCCCCCCUGCUCUCCCCACUCCCCCCACCCCACCCCCCUCUCCUCUCCUCCUCCUCCUCUUUUUUAGAAGCAGCGAUCGGAGAUGGAUGUCUCUCUUUGCCCAGCCAAGUGUAGUUUCUGGCGGAUUUUCUUGCUGGGAAGCGUCUGGCUGGACUAUGUGGGCUCCGUGCUGGCUUGCCCUGCAAAUUGUGUCUGCAGCAAGACUGAGAUCAAUUGCCGGCGGCCGGACGAUGGGAACCUCUUUCCCCUCCUGGAAGGGCAGGAUUCAGGGAACAGCAAUGGGAACGCCAGCAUCAACAUCACGGACAUCUCAAGGAAUAUCACUUCCAUACACAUAGAGAACUGGCGGGGCCUGCACACACUCAAUGCUGUGGAUAUGGAGCUCUACACGGGACUCCAGAAGCUGACCAUCAAGAAUUCUGGACUCCGGAAUAUUCAGCCCAGAGCCUUUGCUAAGAAUCCCCACUUGCGUUAUAUAAACUUGUCAAGUAACCGGCUCACCACACUCUCCUGGCAGCUCUUCCAGACGCUGAGUCUUCGGGAAUUGAGACUGGAGCAGAACUUCUUCAACUGCAGCUGUGACAUCCGCUGGAUGCAGCUGUGGCAGGAACAGGGGGAGGCACGGCUGGACAGCCAGAGCCUCUACUGCAUCAGUGCUGAUGGCUCCCAACUCCCCCUCUUCCGCAUGAACAUCAGUCAGUGUGAUCUCCCUGAGAUCAGUGUGAGUCACGUGAACCUGACUGUCCGAGAAGGAGACAAUGCUGUAAUCACUUGUAAUGGCUCUGGCUCUCCUUUGCCUGAUGUGGACUGGAUAGUCACCGGACUGCAGUCCAUCAAUACUCAUCAGACCAAUCUGAACUGGACCAAUGUACAUGCCAUCAACUUGACCCUGGUGAAUGUGACGAGCGAAGACAAUGGUUUCACCCUGACGUGCAUUGCAGAGAACGUGGUGGGCAUGAGCAAUGCCAGCGUUGCUCUCACUGUCUACUACCCUCCACGUGUGGUGAGCUUGGUGGAGCCUGAGGUACGCCUGGAACAUUGCAUUGAGUUUGUGGUGCGUGGCAACCCGACACCCACGCUGCAUUGGCUGUACAAUGGACAGCCACUGAGGGAAUCCAAGAUCAUUCAUAUGGACUACUACCAGGAGGGUGAAGUCUCAGAGGGCUGCCUGCUCUUCAACAAGCCCACCCACUACAACAAUGGCAACUACACCCUCAUUGCUAAGAAUGCCCUGGGCACAGCCAACCAGACCAUCAACGGCCACUUCCUUAAGGAGCCCUUUCCAGAGAGCACAGAUUUCUUUGACUUUGAGUCUGAUGCGAGCCCUACACCUCCUAUCACUGUGACCCACAAACCAGAGGAAGACACUUUUGGGGUGUCCAUAGCAGUUGGACUUGCUGCUUUUGCCUGCGUCCUUCUGGUGGUCCUCUUUAUCAUGAUCAACAAGUACGGUCGACGGUCCAAAUUUGGAAUGAAGGGUCCUGUGGCUGUUAUCAGUGGGGAGGAGGACUCAGCCAGCCCACUGCACCAUAUCAACCAUGGCAUCACUACACCUUCAUCGCUGGAUGCUGGGCCGGAUACAGUGGUCAUUGGCAUGACUCGAAUUCCAGUCAUUGAGAACCCCCAAUAUUUCCGUCAGGGACACAAUUGCCACAAGCCAGACACAUAUGUUCAACACAUCAAGAGGAGAGACAUCGUGUUGAAGAGAGAACUGGGUGAGGGAGCCUUUGGAAAGGUCUUCCUGGCUGAGUGCUACAAUCUAAGCCCCACCAAAGACAAGAUGCUUGUGGCAGUGAAGGCCCUGAAGGAUCCCACCUUGGCUGCCAGGAAGGAUUUCCAGAGGGAGGCCGAGCUGCUCACUAACCUGCAGCAUGAGCAUAUUGUCAAAUUCUAUGGGGUCUGUGGUGAUGGGGAUCCACUCAUCAUGGUCUUUGAAUACAUGAAGCAUGGAGACCUGAACAAGUUCCUCAGGGCCCAUGGGCCAGAUGCGAUGAUCCUUGUGGAUGGACAGCCACGCCAGGCCAAGGGGGAGCUAGGACUCUCCCAGAUGCUCCACAUCGCCAGUCAGAUAGCCUCCGGCAUGGUGUACUUGGCCUCCCAGCACUUUGUGCACCGGGACCUGGCCACCAGGAACUGCCUAGUUGGAGCCAACCUUCUAGUGAAGAUUGGAGAUUUUGGCAUGUCCAGGGACGUCUACAGUACUGAUUACUACAGGGAAGGGCCAUACCAGAAGGGCCCAUUCAGCGUGUCGUGGCAGCAACAGAGGCUAGCAGCAUCAGCAGCUUCCACAGUGGGAGGACACACCAUGCUCCCCAUCCGCUGGAUGCCACCUGAAAGCAUCAUGUACCGGAAGUUUACCACAGAGAGUGAUGUGUGGAGCUUUGGGGUUAUUCUUUGGGAGAUCUUUACCUAUGGGAAGCAACCAUGGUUCCAGCUCUCUAACACAGAGGUCAUUGAAUGCAUCACCCAAGGCCGUGUCUUGGAGAGACCCCGAGUCUGCCCAAAAGAAGUAUAUGAUGUCAUGCUGGGGUGCUGGCAGAGGGAACCACAACAGCGACUGAAUAUUAAGGAGAUCUACAAAAUCCUCCAUGCUUUGGGGAAGGCCACCCCAAUCUACCUGGACAUUCUUGGCUAGUGGUGACUGGUGGCCAAGCGUUUAUACUCUGUUGCCUCCUCUCUCCCUGCCUCAUCUCCUCUUUUUCCUCACCUCAACUCCUUUCGUCCAUCUUUGACCGAAACGAACAUCUUCAUAUAAACUCAAGUGCCUGCUACACAUACAACACUGAAUUUAAACAAAACAAAACAAAACAAAAAAAACAAAAGAAAGAAACCCUGUAAGGCAGUUCGACAUAUAUAUUUAUAUAUAUAUAUAUAUAUAACUAUCUAUCUAUCUAUAUCUACAGAGAAUUACCUUCUCUAAUACAGAGAAGCUGCUGAUACAGAAAACCGUAAGACAUUAAUAACUGAGAAAAAAUUAAAUAUUAUUAUUAUUAUUAUUAACACAACUGAAAUUCCCUUGACUUAAGCUGUGGCCCAUGUUUUUUUUUAGGUCUGGCUUUUCGGAGAUCUUGUCUUGACCCAGCAGAGAGAGAAAGGCUAGGAGGAGGCAGGUUGGCGCACGAUCUUCAGUGCGCAAGCGUGAUCCAUUGACAUGUCUGGCAAGGAAACAAUUCCAGAGUCCAGGCCCUUCAGAAACAUCUCUGGUCUGCCUUUACCUUUGCCUCCUCUCUCUUCCCCUUUUCCCCCUCUUCGGGACAAUUUUCUAAUUUGUCCAUUCUAUAAAGCAUAUCGGCCUGAUGCUUUUGGAAAUCAAUGAUGACACCUACGGGUAAAUACUGAACAAAUACCAACACCAGACCACACAAAGCCAUCCAUGGUCGGGUAACCACCAAACAAGAAAGGGCAGGGGACUCUAGGGAGAGCUAGCCCCACCCUUCCGCUCAAGAUCCUUACUAGGUUUGAAUGGUUUCAUCCUCUGACCUUGAAGACCUGGAUUUGGUAGAUUAAAGAACAGAGGAAGUAAGUACAGCUGACUGACGUCUGAAUUCUAUCAAGGCACUGCCACUCAUCUUUCUAUCACUGGGAGGACUCUUGGCCUGUCCUUUUGUUUGCAGGCCCCUCGGGAGCUUGGAGGUCUAGUAUCCACAUUCUCUGCUGUCGUCCACUAAUGUGGACGCAGCAGGCUUCAGGGCUCUAGUAGCAAGAGACUUAGUUCCUCGUAGGUCCUAAUUAGGCAUCCCCUUGGGUUGUAUUUCUUAUCUUGCUUCCCCCACAUCCGGAGGUUCUAUCAAGUCCUGGGUAAACCUCACUGCCAGGGAAGGAAUCCAGGUGAGAGCCCGAGGCAUGUGUGUUUCAAGGAGCCAGGCCCUGGCAUUGGCAAAAGCCAGCAGCGAAGAAUCUACUUGGCACCUGUGCUGAGAGCCCUUGACAUUCCCCUCACGUUUUCAGCCCUUGGAAGGAUUGAUGCAUCUGCCUUUGAGCUGUUGUGAAAAGGCAGAGACUGAGAAAUCGCUUUGUGGGCUGGGUGUCGGGGGAGGGGCUGCAGCUUCUCUGGAAGAUGUCCAAUGAGUGGCCUGUGCCGCAGACUUGGCAUCUUAAUGAGGACCAAGCUCUGACCAUGAGUGAGAAUGGAAGCAACUGGGCUGGGGCCGGUCCCCUCGUUUGGUCCCAGCACCAGGGGAAUCACUGCCUUCCCCACUGUGCGCCGGAGGACUGCAAAAGUGAGCUCUCUGGACAGCUCCCCUACACAACAAUGAAUCGCCCCAGGGAGCUAAGAGCCUGGCUGCACAGACCGGUCUGCUGGGGUAGAGGAGAAGCACUCUCCCUAGGUUACCUGUCUCUCCACCUCAUCCCAAGCACAGAGCUACCUAACUGACUGACAUUUUCUUAUCUGAAGCUCCCAGGAGCCACCGACUACCCUUCUCCUUGGCAGCUGCGGGAAGUCUACAGCCUGGAUCCCCUGGCCAGUGAAAGCAGCUGACGUAUGGGCCACUCUGUGGCGGGUUUCGAACUGGAUUAUGUGGUUGUGGUUUUGCUUUAUUUUUUUAAAGACCAACACAUGUUUUUAUUCAAAUAGAAAAAGAGCUGUGCUCAGAUUGUAGCCAUGGUUGGGAUUCAGGGAUCAGCAGGCUGCUCAGCUGGACUGGGGAGGGAGCUGGGUUAACUGAGAUUUCAGAGUGGAACUUCUUACUGUACUAGAGACCUAGCCCCUGAGGACAUUAGGGGAAAGCUCUUUGGAUUGACCCCUUCAAAAGAACCCUUUGCUAUCCUAAGGUAACUACACCUCUUUCCCUUGAAUUGGUCCACUACCUGAGGCUUUUGGUCUCUGACAGAGAUGUGAAUGCUGGAUGGAAGUUUCCAUUCAGGUUUUAAUCUGGAAAUCUGGAUAACUAGAGGGGAGGCAUUCAGGCAGGGAAUGACUAGAGGGGCCUGCGGGGGGAACAUGUUUUCCAGUUAGAAGUGAUGUUGCAAGAUCUAUCCUUUCCCAAAACAAUCUCUUAAGGCUUUAUGUUCUUGAAAGGAGUGGAGAACAGAAGGCAUUCAUUGACCUGAUGGAACAGUUAGGAGAAACAACAAGACUGAACUUGCUCACGUGUGUCCUUUGUUAGUUCCAUGCACGUCCACAUUGGCAUCAGGGUCACCGCCUCUCUGUGUCCUCCAUUGUUGCUGCCUGUGUAAUAGUAGGAGAGAGAAAGCAGUGGAGUUAGGAGGGUUGCAGAAUGUACCCAACCUUCUUAUCAUCCUGGCAUCCACUUUGUGUAGAGUGAAUUUUUACAUGUGAACCUUAGAAGGUGGAGAAAGGGUUUGAGGUGGUAAGGAAAUGCAGAACAGGCUUUGGAUAGUGAAGUGCAUUCUAGUGCUCUGGGGGUGUGCAGGCAUGUCUUAGUCCUUGCCAUUCUCUUCACCGUGUCAUGCUUUCCUUAUGUGCAAAAUAAGGGGUGCCCUUGUUGUGCCCUCAUCCUACUCUAGCUCCAAAUUCUUAGCUUCCCUCAGCCCCGAGUCACCCUAUCAUGUUUUUCUGAGCAUCACUCUGGAAUACUAGAAAAUCCUCCUUUGCCUCAGAAAGAGCAGAAAGAGGUUGUCUCUGAGAACAUACUGUACUUAGGUUGGGAGUGGUUCCAGUAAGUCACUCUGAUCCUCUUCUUUACCUUUGUCACAGCAUGUGAAGAGUCUAAAGUGUCUGAAGACUACUUUAGGCCAGGGUAGGGGAACAUUUUGUCUCAUUCACUACCCCAGCUUUCUUUUAGACCAGAAAAUUGUUAUUGGUGGUUUAUUUAUUUACUUAUUUAUUUAUUUAUUUUUAAAGAAUCUAAUGUGGUCCAGCGAGUCUAGAAUUAACAUCCCAUUAGCCCAUGGAGGCACUGCCAACUGCUCCAUCCUGCUUUCUACAUAAAUAUACACAUCUAUACCUUCAAAGAGCAUGCCACAUUAACUUAGUACUUAGCUUGAAGACAAGACCACUAUGAAUGCUCCUGAAUGUUCCAGAGACCCCAUGUUUAACUCUGUGCCCUGUUACUGUCACCUGGGUCCAUCCUGAACUGACAAAGAGUGACUUGGAUGUCCAUUGUAGAAGAGAGUGUCAUGGACAAGGGUCCUUUUCAUUAUUUGCUUUGAAUAUGAACUUGACAGUCCUUUCUGAUUACAUCUCUGAACUGUGAGUGGUUGUCAAGUUAACUAAGCUUUCUCUAGUCAACAUACAAAGGAGUUUGGGCUUCUUCCACUCAGCAGAUCAUGCACAAGUUAUUCCCAGAGAACACUUUUUUAUUGGAGAUGAAGAUCUUCCAUUUUUCUGGGAUUUAAUUGAACAGUGCCGUUCAUCUCUGCAGACACACUAGUGCAGUACUUCUGGUGCUAAAUCCUACAGAAGCCAAUACCCACAGAAGAGCUUCAAUACAGAGAGUGAGCUAACUGUGCUAGAAAAGCACUGCAUACAUCAGAAAGGCCACUAAGAACCCUGCCUUAGUGCUUGGGUAUUCAUGGGAUUUAGGCAAAAUCAGCAUCUCUUAGAUUAUCAGUUUUCCCAUCCAAGAUAUACAGUGUUGGAAGAGGUGCAUCCCUAGGGUCAAUUUCAGUUUGAAAGGCUAAAUCUGAGUCCCAUCUACUUCUUCAUUCUAAGCUUGUUUGCUAGAAGUGAGAGAUGAAAUGAAAAAGUAGGGAGGGAAAGGAAGAAAAGUUGCUGUUGACAAAAACUAAGCAUAAUUAGUGCCCGGUGUGUUUGAGGGACCCUGGUGCAGGAUCCUGGUACACAAGGAAAAUUGAUAUUUGUAUUUUUCAAGAGAAAUCACCCCCUUCUCUUCUAGCCAUCUUCCCCACUUCACAUGUCCACACUGGCAGAAACUGGUCUGCCAUAGGGAGAUAGUCCCACCCACCUCCCAUGCAAGGUAAAUAGUAAUGUGAACUCUGGGUCGGAAAACAAGAGAAUGUGUAUAUGUCCUUGCUUUUCCUGAGUUCUUUUAGUUCAACAAUAGACGAGUGGCAUAUUUGCUUCCUUUUUCUGAACCAGACAGCAACAGUAUAAUCUUUACACUCUCCUGAGAUUUUUGAUCUUUGCAAUACUUGGCUUAGUAUGGAGCAUAGAAUAUUUGUGGAUGAUCAGUCAAUGAACCCACAUGUCAGCAGUCCUGUGAGUUACCACCAAGUAUCUCUGUAGUGUGAAGUAUGUACUUUGGUUGGGCAGCAGCUUGUUAAAAUGCACAAGGUGUUUACCUCAGAACAACAGCAAUAACAGAAGGUCAGCUUGAGCUCAGAUCCUGUGAUCUGUAGUCCCUCACUAUGAUUUUAAUUUUUAUUUAAGACUCACCCUAUUUUUUUUUACCAAAUAAAUUGUUUCAGCCAAUACUAAAUAGAGCUGGGAGGGUUAACUCCAAGUUUGGGCAUCAUUAUUAAAACAUCUGUAUGGGCUUUAGUACCAAUUUGGGGAUUGCUUGAAUCACCAGAAAAAAACAUUCUUUUCAGCUAGUCAUAUGCAUAUCCUGUACUUUCUUUAUCCAUUGGAUGGGCCAUAGUGCCAAAGAAGUUUCCCUGGAGUCAGCAAGUCAGCUGUGGUUUGGGAAACUUUUGGUACUUUAUCUUUCUCCUGGAUGAGAACUGUAGAAGUAGACUGGCCUCAGAGACAUUGAGAAAGAUCCCAAGUGGUUAUUUCAUAAAGUGUGAUAAUCUGCUUCUCUCUACAUUAAAUUAUAUUGACAAUAGUAUCUGAGCUUCUCAAUAUCAUCAUUCCUGGUAUUUGAUAACACUUUAUGCAGAAACCCAUCCUACUUACAUUUUGUUUGGAAUUUGGUAUUGAAGUUACCAGCACUGCAGAUGAAUCCUCUCCCAGGAGCGUCAGAAUCUGAGAGGAUACUAAUUGACUACCACUCUCUCUGAUAGGUACUGGUGAUGGUGGUGGACAUGGUGGCUAUUUAUGUGAAUACACUGGGUAUUAGGCAUCUUGCUCUGCACCUGGGCUGUCCUACUCAGGGCCUUGUGUCUUGGCUUCUAACAAGGCUUCUGUCUGUCUGUUACAUUCUCUCUAAGCACUCUGUGUGUACGUGUGUGCAACAAGUUUCUCAUGUACAAACAGGUACCUUUCUGUGAGAUCUGCAGAAAUGUGGGCUCCACCCAAAAGAACUUUGAAUACUUUUUCUUUUGUUUUAUUUUCUUGCUAGUAAUAUUAAAUUAUAUAACAUCAUGGGUUUCAUUAUGAUGUUUUUAAGUAUGUGUAGUACUUGGACUUCCUCUCCGAGUCAUAAAAUUCACAUUGCCCUUCCUGUGGGCAGCUAGGAUUCAAUUUUAAAACAAAGCCCGAUUUGGUAUUUGCCAUAAGAAUGGUGUCUUAAACCAGUAAGCGAAGUUUCCUUUUUAAGAGGUAAGAGAGUAAAUUCUAUUAACUUUGUCCCAUAUUCAUCCAGACAUACACUGGAGCACCAAAGUCUGAGCUCAGCUCUUUCACUAGAUUUAUAGGCUAUAAAGUAGAAGUUUCUAAUAGAUGGUGGAUUGAGAUAACACAGAAGACAAGGAUCCUUCUGAGCUCCUCCUUCUGAGAAGCUUCCAGGCAUUUAGGUAUUGCUUUCAUUUAGUAUCUCUGAGAUGAGUCAGUCUCUUCUCAUUUUAAGGCUGUGAGGAAUUUAGAAUUCUUUUCUCCAGGGAUGAAGGUAGUAGCAUGAAAGCAUAGCUACGCUCGCUGUGUAGUCUAGCACCCUUUGGAUACAGCACUCCUCAAAGGACUGAAAAAAAUCACAUGCUCAAAUCCAAGUCUGGUAUUUAUUAUUUCAUUUAAGGAGCAUUUAUGAGAGUGAUACUUUAAAAAGAAAUGUGAGUUGAUGUUCUCUGAAGUAGUAAGGCCUGCUCAAUUCCUCCCCAUGGGGAUUAGUCCCCCACCCAUCUCUGUUUAAAAGCUGCCUGACUCUUACCUGCUACCCUUGAAUCUACUUCUGGAGAGGAAGAGUAAGCCUGGUCCAAAUACCUGUGAAUUCUGCUACCUGAAAGAGAGGAGUACAUUUCAGUAAAGAUUUUCUUCUCUCUGAUUUUUCAUUUCCCCCUUUUCCUUGGCUCACAUUCUUUGGCUUCCAAAGGACCGAAGAUCUGGCUUCUUAAAGUCUGUGAAAGUCUUAAUACAAGGUGAAUCCCAGGACCACAAACAGUUUGGACUUCAAACAGUGAGAAAAUUGGUGCUGAAUGAUUCGGCACACAAAGCAGAAAACUUUCAUUUCCUGCAGGCAGGAGGAAUUGACUGUUAUAUUAAGACUUCUGAAGGAUCCCUGCCCUGGAGUAAUUUCAGUGCUGUCAGACAAUGUUGACAUCUAGAUUAACCUCUGUGCACUAAAUUUGACUGCACAGCUCAUUGAGAUGCAUGUGGCAUGUCCCUGUAAAUCCCAUCUGAAACCCUUGAUGGCCCACCCACAGCAACUCCCUCUCCUGUCUCCACCUACCGAUCUCACGGUCCAUGAACUUUUAGCCUACUUGAGCAAAGGCACUGUGGCUGGGAUCUGACACCCAGAAUGGGAGUGUUGACCUUUCUGUGAGCAUGAUAGAGUCUUGCUGCUUGGUCAGAGUGACAAUGUUUGUCAUUGUAUUGCCACCCCUGCCCCUGAGGAGGAGACUGCAAAUCAAGGCAUGAAAGCCACUCUACUGAUGACAACUAGUUUUAUAGCAGAUCUCAAAGUGAAAUGCUCUUCAGAGGAGCUAAGAUUCAGCAUAGGUCCAUGCCUCUAGUCUUCCAGGGUUUCAAGAGUACCACAGAUGCAACAAGGUCAUGACUGCAAAUGAGGUGGGUGGAGUCUGAUGGCUAGAAGGAAUUCUUCUCUAUGCAAGUGCUUUCUUUAGUCCUUUAAAGAAAUGCAUGCCCCACUGACUUCCACUUCUUCUGACUGGAAUAAAGAAUACAGCAAUCCUCUAAGCUGAAUGUCCUCAACCUUCCGAAUACUUUGACACUUUAAUAUAGUUCCUUAUGUUGUGUUAACCCCAACCAUAAAUUGUUUCAUUGCUACUUCAUAACUCAUUUUGCUACUGUUAUAAACCAUACUAUAAAUAUCUCAUAUGCAGGAUGGUCUUAUGUGACCCCUGAAAAAGGUCAUUCAAUCCUCAAGGGGGUGCCAGCCCACAGGCUGAGAACCACUACUCUAAGCACUAGUUUAUCAACUUUCUUUGUAGGAAGAGAUGCCAUACUGAGAUCUAUCUUAUAGGCAGAUGAAACCUUUCAGACAGGAUGGCAAGCAUCAAAAAAAAGCACACACGUUCAUCUCAUGCAUCAAAAGGGACUUCCAGCUUGGCUCUAGCCACCUCUAGACUCUUAAAAGCUACUCAUCGCAAUCCCAGACAUUAAAAAAAUACAUACCUCGGAUUUUAGAAUGAUCUGCCCACGUCUGAAGAACAAAUUUCUCUGCAUAGUUCUUGAACCUGAUUCUCUUUCAGACUACUUUUCCAUCUUGGCUUGUUUGGUGUAAGAGGUAGGAAUCUCUUUGUGUAUUCUUAGAUAUUUCUUUAGGAGGAUUGAAAGUUUUUAGUCAAGGACAUUGUGUUUAUUGACUGAGGAAAAUAGAUUUCUGGGCUGAGUAAUGCAGCAGUUACACAGGGGCAAUCUUGAUAACUUUAUUUAAAAGCAAUUAUCAGAGUUGUAGUCUUUCUAGAUCCUCAUGCUGAUAUAGAAGAAGUCAUAUUUGUCCUUUGGUUAUUUAUGAUAUUCAUUUUUGCAUAUAGGUAAUCACACGCAUGCAAAUUCCUGGGUAAUUCUAUUACCUAUAGACCACAGUGACCCAUUUGUGCUGCUUUCAUUGAUCAAGGCAUGUCUGUGCAAAUUAGUGCCCUACACAUGUGCUUUCCUCACUGUGUCUCAUUAUUAUUUGUAUUAGCAGCACAAAGCCUAUGACUUUAUCCACUGUAAGUUAUUUACAAAGUUGAGGCUUCUAUGAUGGAGGGAAAAAAAACCCAUGUUUCUCACAAUUUUUUAUAUAUUAAGGUAGGACUCCUCCCUAUCUUUCUUCAAGAUACAAAACCAGACUGAGCCCUGUUUCUCCUUUUUUGUAAAUAAUUUUUCUGGGGGAAAAAGGGUAGCAGAUUCAUCACAAAUAAUAUAUUUGAAAAUAAAUGUGAACUUGUGUAAGGAUAUUAUUGACCCAACCAUGGAUAUAAAAUUCCAGUGUUCUAAUUGAACUGUGAUGCGAAGUCCUUGGGACACAAGACUAGAGGUGGGCUGGAAGCUAGGAGGCUGGGGUACAGGGCACUUGACUGGAUAACUGAAAGUCAUCAACACUUAGCUGAAAGCAGGCAAGCAAGCUGCAGGUUGUGCUCUUUUUCAAACAGCAGUGAUGGAAAAGCCACUCAGUCCUAAUCCAUUGCUCAAGUUAGUUACUGACAAAGUAUAUCAUAGCAGGUAUUCCCUGAGUACACAUUUGCAGAAUUCCUACUACAAAGGGCCAGGGCUGUUUUUACAGUAUGUUCAGUUUCUCACUUCCAACUCCCUCUGAACUCCAAAUCCUAUGUGCCCCCAGCUCUCUACCCAACCUUUGCUAGGCCAGGCUCUAUUCUGUAAAAAAAAGAGAGAUUAAAGUCUGGGUGACUCCUCUUUUUAGGCUGAGCAUGUUGUGAUUUAGACUGGGUUUCUGCAGAAAGAAAUAAACUGCUCUCCCAGCCACCCAUCAGUCUCUUUCCAGCUCCCUGGACCAAAUGAUUAGCGCCUCAUUAGCAACCCAUCAGUUUACUUUUGCACAGGAGACUCUGGUACAACAGGCCUAUUAUAAGGCCCCCUGCUUGUCUUUUGAAAUUGUCUCAUCCUUCUGGCUUAGUUAUGAAAGGCAAGCCUUCCUUCAAACAUGUUUUCCUUCCCAUUUCUUCCUUGUUUCCUGGCUUCUGAAUAUCCUGGUAAAUGACAAAGUACAGUUUUGCCUUUUUUCCCCCUAGUCUACUGUAAACAGGGGCAUGUCUCUUCAUGGUCUCAGAGAUCUCUGUGUUAUCAAAGGUUUACCCACUUCUGGGACAGUUAAAAGAGUAAGUCAGAGAGUUGGUGAAAGUGGUCUUUAUUGUAGUGGUACUAGAAAGGUUUGCCUCUUACAAAAUAGACUUAAUGAUCAUGCCAUGGAAUGGUGAUGGAGAAGGGGUUAACUGGGGAGCCAGGAGGUCAAACCUCCUAUUCCACAAAUCAUUUCAUAUCAGCAGAUGCUUUGGCUAUGCCAGCAAUGGUACUUACAGACGCAAAUAGCCACAUACACUGGACAAAUUAAACCUUUCAAAACUAACACUGCCACUUAUUAAAACAAAAACAAAAACAAAAGACCAAACAAAUGAGCAAUGCUCAGAGACUAGGAGCACUGGCUGCAAUUCCAGAUGACCUGGGUUUGAUUCCCAGAACUCACAAUUAAGCUCACUACCAUUUGUAAUUCUAGUUCCAGGAGAUCUGACACCCUCUUCUCACCUUCACAGUCAUCAGGCAUGGAAGUGGUACACAGAUAAACAGACACAAACAAAACUCUCACCACAUUAAAAAUGUCAUUUCUCCCUUGUAUCUCUUAAGACAGUAUAAAAGUGGGGCUUUUGGGGGAUUGCUUUGUUUCCCAAAGUGUUUUUGUUUGUUUGUUUGUAUUUCCUUAGGAAAUAGUUGAUGGGUUACUUUAAUGGCUAUCUUUGAGGACAUGGCAAGAGAGGUGGAAACUGGGUGAGCAGUGGAGCUACAAGUAGCUGUCUUGUGAGCUUUUAUUUUUUUCUAAUCAGCCUCUUUCUCUGUAAACACUCUGUUAAGGGCCUCCUGCUUUUCACAGGGGAUUAACAUGAAUGAUAGAGUCAGCCCUUGGUGGUGAUCCCAAGUCCCUGUGAAGGGAAAAGCCUACUCCUUGGGUAGUGAGUGCUGCUCAUGGUAUUGGAAAUUUUGACUUGUGUUGUGUUUGAGGUACACUUUCCUUUUCCCCUCCCAUGUCUGGUUUCUAGAGUUAGUCAUUAACAUUUUCCUACUUUAAAUAACCACUGCAUAUACUGUAAUGGAAAAUACCUUGUAUUCGUACCAGGAGAAAGGGAUUAUUUUUCCCACUUAGAAGGGAUGAAUGGUAAAUUUCAUUUUCUGGCAUGGAAUGCUGAACAUCUUGAAGCCAAAUAGCAUCUCUUCUGCUUCAACUGUUCACCACUAAUUGCUACUUUGAAGAUGGUCUGUAGAUUUUAGAAUAAUGCCUGGCAAAGUAAGACUGCCUGAUAGGUCCCUUUUAAAUGAGUGGUAAAACUGAUCUUGCAGGGAAUUAGCAGUGGAAGUGCUGAUGAUCAUGAAGCUUUCUAGGGACUGUGGUCCACACCAGAAGAAGACAGGGAUAAUCCAAAAAUGGAGAAAACUCUCCUUGUCCAGACCAAUUGUCAGGCCUCAUUUUCAAUGGCCCCAGAGCACAACAGAGUUGGUUCCAGAGGAACUCCUGCUGAGGAACGUGUCUGGCUGAAAAUGAAACCAUAGACAGUAAAUCCAGAGGCAAGAUUGCCAAGGUUACAGCAGUGAAGUCAUUUACAGUCCCUAAAAAUGUCCCAGGUGUUUAUGAUGCCAAGUACUGUUUUAGGUUCUUUGCCAUGAAAGCUACUUGGAAAGUGAAAUCUUUCAAAUGUUAUUUCCCUUCAAUUUCCAAGUAGCCAUCAGGUGUGAUAUGUCGGACAAAAUGUUGUCUGUGUGCUCUAACAGGAUUUUGACCACUCUUGAGAGAACCGGAAUAAAGCCAAGUACUGAGAAUCCCGAGAAACUCAUAAAUGUUUCAGUCAAGUUCAGAAGAUCACAGCUUCUUUUUUCUUUUGACCUUGGGCUCAGUGUUUGUUUUUCUGAUACGGGAAAACAGCACCUGUGUUCUAGGCCUCUGAGUGACUUUUCCCCUGCAGUUGUCUGCCAGGAAGAAAGCAGUCCAGCUUCUUUGCAAUGAGAAUCCAAAUUGGGAUAUGCUUGUAAAUUGUGGUGUGAAGUUGCAGAAGGCAAGCUGGCUCAGGGUGAUGUCUCCUAAUUCUCUCUGAUAAUCUUUAGGACAUGAGCUCAUCCAAACAUUUCUAAGGCUUGGAACAAGCAGCUUCACAGUGUGACUUCCUAUAGACAGGACUGAUAAAUUAAGGAUCUCAGAGGUAUUAUUUGGGGAGGAAAUUGCGGACUAUGGAAAGUUUGAACUGACUUGCUAACAGGAACAGUAAGAACUUACUUUCAUGCUUGUUUUCAUCCCCUUCUCUGAAAGUUUAUUGGGAGACCAUUGGAAUAUUUUGUUUCAAGGCUUGCUAAGAUUGAUUAUAGUUCAUUUCUAAAAAGCAAACAUUCUCUGGAGCCUAUUGGGGUUGAAGGUAACCUGAAUGGUCCAUGUUAUUUUUCUGAGACUGGUAUCACAGUAACUGAAGUCUUCCUGAUUAUAUGUUUGGACCCUGGUAGGUUGACACAAGAGAUUUGUCAAAUUAAAAAUAAAAGAAAGCAAGUUGGGGCAAGAAAAUUCUGACUCACUGAGAAGGAAAAAACAUCAGUGCUAUUUUGACAGCAGACGGCCCUGCACUAUUCAGCAAAGAAAUACAAAAUGCAUUCUAUUUUCAAGAUGAGUUUUAUUUUGUGAUGUGCGUGCGUGUGCGUGCGUGUGUGUGUGUGUGUGUGUGUGUGUGUGUGUGUGCAUGCUCAUGCAUGUAUGUGUAUGUGCACGCAUCCGUGCAUGUGCACACAUGUACUGGCAUGUGGCUCUGGAAGUGGAAAGCUAUUGUUUAAACAUUUGGACUUUCUCUCAAGCACAGUAAAAGCUCUGCUUAGUUUCUUAGGCUAUGGCAAUAAAAUUAGGGUUACAAAGGAAAUAAAAGCCCAUGUUUCAGAAAAAGGUGAAAUAAUCCCCAAAUAUUUCCUUCUGAAAUCUUCAGUCAUAAGAAACCAAAUCAGCCUCAUAUGUGGUAUUGAUACCAGUGCAAAAAAAGUUUGCACAACACCUGGAGACCCUAGUGUUCUACCUGUCUGUGGGCCUCAUUUCUGAAGGAAUGGAAUCUUUAAUUCAUGCUAGGAACUUGGCCAACGGGGCUGAAUAAUGAGGCAGCUUAGACAGUUUAGAGUAAGCUACCCCAUGUAGAUUUUUGGCAAUGCCUUAAUUCUUUCUCACAGGUACUAAGGUUGCUUCAGAGCUAUUUUUUUUUUUUUUUGCUUCAAAUGAUAUUUAAAGAAAAGAAAUUUGGAAUACAGUUUGAGACAUUUCAGCUAAUGUCAGUCUCUGUAAAAGAAGAUUUAGUUUCACAGGUAGUUUUUGGCUUUGCCCAUCCCAGAAGUGUAGUCUACUAUGACUAAGUUAGCUGUUUUCAGCACCAGGGACAGCAAUCACGUCCCUCAUCUGAGGUUUGCUCUUGACAUUAGAUUUCCAGAUAGGGAAGGGCAGAGUUUUCCUACCCACAGAGCCUCAACUUGGAAGGUUUUAUUUUUAAAUUGAGGUGAUUAUAUAUUUAAUUGUUCACAGUCCAAGAGUUGGUGAUGCGAAACUCAGAGAGUAGAGCCUAAGAAUGAGCUAGACAUACAUUAACAGCCAACUUUAUUCAGAGCAUCAGACAAUUUAUGUUAAGGUCACGAGCAAGGUUCACAUAAGUUUAGGCUGUAUACAGUCAUAAGGACAACCCAUGCUUGGAAACAUUGUUGAAUAACAGAAUUAAGCAGCAAUGUGCAAUCUGUAGCAAAUCUCUCAUUUAUUACACCUGGGAGGGGCAACAACCCAUGCUAUGAAGAAACAGAGGCCACAAGACUUUUACCUUAUUUCCUUUGAGUCAUCUCACAAGCUCUCAGAAUUUUUCUCACAAAGUUUCAUUCAUGAGCCAUGUUUCCACAUUCACAAAGAGCUUUUAAUUUUCCCCAAGCCUGGUGUAGCUGUUUCUGCCAUGUUUUUGACCUGCUUAAAAAUACAAACUAUCACAGCCAGACUUCUCAGCACAGAGAUGGUAAAGACAGUGGGAUAUUAGUGAGGGGAAUGCUUUGGGACAGGAACCCCUCUUUAUUAGGCACUUUUGACUUUCAAACUCCUAUAAGGAAUACUGAUCAUUGACAAUCACUUUUUUUUUAAAAGAAAUAUGCACAGUGUUCACAGUCUAUAAGGCAAUGGUUGAUGCUGUGCGUGCAGAGGCAGUAAUCCAUGGUGGUAAAGAUUAAGUUAUGAGCUUUGAGGACAAAGAAGUGCUUAAUAAUGCUGUCACCAGACAUGUCAGAAAUUUGGGGAAGAAUACUACUUUGAAUCUUGGCAUCUAGUUUUUAACCUUGAGUGACGUUCAACAGCUGUUUUCGCCUUAAAAAACCAUGAUAAGAUUGGAAAUAUCUUCUCUUGGUUUUCCCCAGGCCAGUCCAAAAUGGACACUGGAGAAGUUAGAGCAAUGGAAGCACAUGUUGUCACCAUGCUUGUGAUCAUCCAGUUUUCCUAUAGCACAAAAAUUCAUAGGUAUCACCUCAGAGGCAGUUCAGUCUUCUCUUAUUUACUUGGAACCCUAUUUGGGGCCCUCUCUAAGAUGAUAACUGACUAGCAGCUGUUUUCUCCUCUUCCUCCACCCCCUCCCUCUCCCUCUUCACAGAUGUUACACAAACUCCAUUUUGACUGCCUCUGAAUUAUCUGAGUCCUGAUUAAUCUACCAUUCUUUCCAGCCCCAGUUUCUUCUUUCUGUCCCUUACACACCCUUCUUUCUCCCUCAUUAUUACUUAUAACAAUCCAUAGCAUUUAAUGAUAAAAGAUCAGGUGGCAUUCUUUUUAAGGAUGGAGAAGUAGUAGAGGCAGGCUAGAGUGAAGCUUCAGAGGAACAAGUUCAACAGAACUCAUCUUGGGAUGGGUCUGAGUAGGAACACCUUGCUAUCUUUCCCUGGUCUUCUUAAAUGGGCUUACUCAUGCUUAUCCUUGUCAUACAAAGGAGACCAUAGCAUGCAUUUCUCUGGGUGGCUUUCAUGAAGACAGAGUGGGCAGGUCAAAUAGCCUCUACUAGGAUCUAUCAAGACAGGAGAACUUUGUUUUCAUUGUAUAGAAAAGGUUUGCACAGAAAAGACCAUGAGCUGUAGGAGAGCUUCAUAAGAGAAUGUUUCCUCAAAACAAACACAAAAACAAAGACAAACAAACAAAGCUACAGAGUCAUCAUUCAUGGAACACAUGACUCUCUGGCAAGCAGAAUGGCGGUCUGAAAUGAGACAGAGAAUAGGCACCUGUGAUGCCUCAGGAUGAACAGACCAGAACUAAACCCCAGCAAGGUUCUUAUACUUUUUCUGGAAAAAAAAAUCUUAAAUGUCAAGGGCACAUUUAGCUCUGGCUCUUUAGAGGUGAGCUCAGUGCUACUUCUGGGUUCUUAAGGCAAGUGCCCUGUAAACACCAAAGUCUUGUAUUUUCUACUCUCAGCCAGCAUUGGCUGUCCUGAGUGGGAUGUUUUUCCCUUCCUUAAGUGAAAGGGUCUUGUUUCAGGAGAAGUGUCCUUUAAACAUCCAGCUAAAACUGGAGGUAAUUUUUUGCAUGAAUGGCUUUUUACAGCUAGGUCUAAAGCAGAACAAAACUUGUAUUAAACUAAGUGCUACUUUACAUAUCUUAUUUCAAGGGAAAUGAAGGAUUUAUUGCCGUGUAAAUGAUAUACACUGAUUUCUUUCCUACUGGACAUUACAUGUCCCUUUAUCUUCAGGCUGAUGUUGUGCAGCAAACUUUCAAUAUCUGGAAAAUCAGCUGGUACCUACUUCAGAGCACUAGCAGGACAUUUUAUUCCCAGAGAGGAAUUUUGCAAAUGAAGUUUGGGUGCUGAUGCAACUGAUUUCCUUUCCCCACUCCUAAGCUUUCUGUACUAAAUAUCUGUAAAGUGAUUAUAUCUUGUCUGACCCCAUGUGUUUGUGUAUAUUUCCCAAUGUUUGUAUAACUGUAGUGGCAAUCUGAAGGGUUAUUUUUAUUUAUGGCAACUGCUGAACAAUAAUGGAUAUGACAUAGGAGGACACAUGUGAUAUAUGUGCACAUUAGUGUUGGGGCCAAGCAAAUGUAUUUAUUGAGUUUGGGGUGAGCAUCAGUAUGGCUUGGCUUGAAGGAUAUUCCACAAUGGGCAGAGUAUUUCCAAAUUGUUGUUAAUUGUUAAAGAACUUGAAGAAGCUGAGCUGGUAUGUGCUCACCAAGAUCUUAGGUUGUUUAUGUAAAUCCCAACUGACCAAUAUUCCAUCUUUAUUUUUAACAAAACUAUUAUUUCAUGAUGCUCACUGUCUUAUUCUACAGGCUACUUGGAAGUGCUGAUCAUGCUUGCUUCCCAUGAUUGGAUUCCCAAGCUGAGGAUGUAACAGACUGUGGUGUUACAUACACCAGGGUUAACUCAUAGUAACCUCUUCUUUGAGAAGCCAUUCCUUCCGUUAUUUUCCUUUCUUAUAGGUUAAUUCCACUGUCUAUGCUAACUUUAUUUAGAUGUGUGCAAGUAUUGAAGAAUUGAUCUAAUUAAAAUGAUGACUGUGUUUGCCUUUGGAGAACAGGUUCAUAGUCUUAUGUAAAAUUCUUCCAGGAACUUAUCUUUUAUGAAAAAGAGCAAAAUCAAACUUAAAGAGAACCAAGAGUAACUUAAUAAAAUGGCAAGAUAGCCCCAGGGUAGAAAGAGGUGUUCUCAGUUGACAUGGAGUUGUAUUGGAAAGGCAAGUACCCACCCUUCUCUUCCCACCUGACUCCCUUCCUCCUCAACUACAGAAAAAAACAGAAACUUAUUUUUUUAAACUGUAUUAAUAAUUUAUGUUUAAUACAAAUGGAUGAUUUAAUGGUAUCACCAAAGGUCAUUUCUCUCAUUGUGCAUGUCCUUCACUCUCGACCCCAUAUAUUCAUCCCAUUCUUCACCCUCACUUCCAUCCCAAGGCAAAUGUGUGUCUUCAUCAAAAUCUAUGGGUGUUGGAGUUACAUGUGGGGUAGAGAUUUAACAACUUGACACUAACAAAAACCAACCAUUCUUCACUUCCAAGUGACGAUUAUUACAGGAAAGGAAAACUCUUUUCUUGGUUUUUGUUUAAAAUCAUUUAUACAUAUAUAUGUAUAUAUGUGUGUGUAUGUAUGGACAUAUGUAUGUAUAUGCACAUGUACAUGUAUAUAUGUAUAUAUCCAUCUCAAUAUAAAUAUAUCAUAUGUGAGAGUUGUAAAUACUCCUUGGUCAUGCAUCUGUCUUCUUCAUAGUAUCAUAUCUUCAAUGUUAUGUUAACGACUCCAUUUAUUGACUGAUGAGAUCAUGUGUAGACCUGUAUCCUCCUGACAUAGUUUAUGUAGGGUCUCUUCUCAAAUAAAGAAUAAAACAACGAU